CCCACUUUAAAUUGCAGCUGUGUUGACCCUUAUCGUGGACUUGUUGAGGAACCUUAAUUCCUUCCAAUAUAACUUGCGCCCAAACCCUCUGUCUACCACCCGUGACGCGCUCCUAACCUCACCCACUUCAUCUAUACCGCCCACCAUGUCUGUCACCACCAUCGAGACCCAGACGCGCAGCGUCCCCAUCACAGCCGAGACCAUCCUUAGCCUGUUCCCCGAUAUCGACACCAGCGGCGAGGCGCUCGAAGGCCACGAUGAGGAGCAGAUCCGCUUGAUGGACGAGGUCUGCAUCGUGACAGACGAGAAUGAUAUGCCGAUCGGAACUGCCAGCAAGAAGCUCUGCCACCUCAUGACGAACAUCGACAAGGGACUCUUGCACCGCGCCUUCUCCGUCUUCCUAUUCAACGACAAGAACGAGCUGCUUCUUCAACAGCGUGCCUCCGAGAAGAUUACCUUCCCGGACAUGUGGACCAAUACCUGCUGCUCGCACCCGCUGCACAUGGCGAGCGAGACCGGGUCCAACCUGGAGGACUCUGUUUUGGGCGUCAAGAAUGCUGCGCGACGGAAGUUGGACCACGAAUUGGGCAUCAAGAAGGAGCAGGUCCCCCUGGAGGACUUUCACUUCCUGACACGCAUUCACUACAAGGCGCCAAGCGACGGGAAAUGGGGCGAGCACGAGAUCGACUACAUUCUCUUCAUCAAGGCCAAUGUCGAUCUUAACCCCAGCCCGAACGAGGUCAAGGACGUACAGUAUGUCUCUGCCGAGAAGCUGAAGCAGCUCUUUGAGGAUCCAUCCCUAAAGUUCACGCCUUGGUUCAAGCUGAUCUGCAACUCGAUGUUGUUUGAGUGGUGGGCGAACUUGGACACCGGGCUCGACAAGUACAAGAACGAGCAGGAGAUCCGCCGCAUGUAGUGGACGGGAUCGGAAUUGGGAUUACACAGCAAAAUACAGCAAAAGAAAAGUGCAGUUUUUCGAGACGUUGGCCGUCCGAUUGGUUUCCGCUUUUUAUGCCUAAGAUAUCCGCUCUCUGCUUUGUUUGGACCGGUGACUUAUAAAGCCGGGCAGAGAGCCGCUUGCUUCCUUUUUCAGCACCUUGCAUACACAACACUGGUAGUGUUACUUAAUCGCAGAGCAAUUGCUUUGGGGAGGCUAGGGUGGGGGGUUUCUACCAAAAUAAUAAUCAGAAGAACUAUUUUCCUGU